GUCAGAACCGGAGUUUAUACGUUUGAAUUCUUCACCGCAGCCGAGGCGAACGCACAGCGGGACUUUGGAGACAUGCAGCCCGUGUUCCAGCAGCACCUGGUCGGCCUGCUGUUCGUGCUCAGCGGCCUGCAGCUUCCUCGGCUCGCGGAGGGCUGCUCGUGCGCGCUGACGCACCCGCAGGACGCCUUCUGCAACUCCGACAUCGUGAUCCGAGCGAAGGUGGUGGGGAAGAAGAUGCUGAGCGACGGGCCUUUUGGAACAAUGAGAUACACGGUGAAGCAAAUGAAGAUGUACAAAGGAUUUGAUAAAGUUCAGCACGUGCAGCACAUUUACACGGACGCCUCGGAGAGUUUGUGUGGAGUCAAGUUCGACAUCAACAAGUACCAGUACCUGAUCACAGGUCGCGUGUACGAAGGCAAGGUUUACACGGGACUCUGCAACUUCAACGAGAGGUGGGAGCGGCUGUCGCUGGCGCAGAAGAAAGGCUUCAACCAUCGCUACCAGCUGGGCUGCAGCUGCAGGAUUAAGCCGUGCCACUACCUGCCGUGCUUCGUGACGUCGAAGAACGAAUGCCUCUGGACGGACAUGCUGUCUCACUUUGGCUACCCUGGCUACCAGUCCCGGCACUACGCUUGUAUCCAGCAGAAGGAGGGCUACUGCAGCUGGUACCGAGGCAUGACCGCCCGCGACAAAACCACCA